CCGCAAGGGUCAUCUCAUUGGAUGAUUACUGUAGAGAUACGGUUCUUGUCAUUUGGAAGCUGUGUUUGUCCGACGCGUGGCCAGCUGGCACUCGUUAUAAUGAUUGUUCUGUUUGUUUGUUUGUUUGGCUGUGCGUUGGCUGCUGAGUUCACAUUACCCGGAGAGUGCCCCGAUGUUAAGAUACAAGAGAAUCUAGACUAUACUAGAUUUUCAGGUGAAUGGUACAAUGUUGCCAGCUAUGCCAGCGAUGGACGAAGUAUCUACGACUGCGCCUCCCUCGACUUCCAAGAAGACAACCUGGGGUAUACUCUGCGGGAGACAUAUAUAGAUAUUGACCAGGGAAACAGGACACAAAAGUCCUACUUCGCUAGGGUAGACCCAACAUUUGACGCUGGCAGAAAGGCACAGUUCAUUGUCAGCCAUGAAGAUGGAGACAAAAUUCUUCAGUUCCCUUUCUUCAUUUUAUCAACAGACUACGAUAGUUACGCCAUCGCUUACACUUGUAAAACUUUAAAAAAGAAACUACGAACACAUUACGUCUUCACCUGGGUGCUAUCGAGGAAGAGAGAGAGGCUGCAGGGCGAGACCUUGAAGAACGUUGAGAACUCCCUCUCAAAAUACACCGAGCUGGCAGAGCACCGGCAAACCUUCGCACAGAAGGACUUCAGUGACGCAGAAUGCUCCUUCACAAAUAAAUACGGAACAGACUUCUUUACCAGUAAUUUUUGGUAGUGAAUACAACGCUUUCCUAAUGCCCAAGAAUUUUACUUUUCAUUUAUUCUGUAAAAAACAUAUGACAAUAUAAUACACGCUAUUUUUUCAACUAAUUAUUUCCCUUUAAUCAUAUUUGUAAAAUUAAAAAAAAUCUUCAUGAUUUAUUGUUCUAUUUAAUAAAUAAAAGUAAUUUAAUUUU